GUGACCCUGUGCUUGUGCUAAGAGACAUGAACGGCUGAUUGUUACGUCGCCGCAAGCAUUUUUAGCUGACAAAAUAAACUGAAAUUAAUAAAUUAAAAUGUUACCUUUAGCACGCGCAUUUUAUUCGAGCGUGGCACGCAUUUCGCGCAACAAUCGUGUUGCGCUGCACACGGCCAGCACGCUUCGGUGCAAAGAGGCAACGGUCGUAGACAAUGAAGCACCGGCAGAGAACAGCGAAGAAAGCGGCUCAGAUGCUUCUCCACCAGAUGGAAAGGAUCGCACGAAAGUGAUUCCCGUGGAGACUUCCAUGCGCUAUCUCAAGAGUGCCGCGUACCGAACAACCUAUGGCGAGGAGUUCGUGUGGACACAAUAUCGUCGAAACCACAAGGGAAUGUAUGCGCCGCGCAAGACGCGUAAAACGUGCGUUCGCCAGGGCAAAAUCUCCACAGGGAAUCCGUGUCCUAUUUGUCGGGAUGAGUAUCUGGUGCUGGAUUACCGCAACACAGAUCUGCUGAAACAGUUCAUCUCGCCAUAUAGCGGUCAGGUGCUGAGCUACUCCAAAACCGGGUUAUGCCAAAAAAGUCAUUUACGUUUAAAGGUUGCCGUGGAGCAGGCUCGUGAUUGCGGCCUCCUCACCUACGAUGUGCCUUUUCGGGAAUACGACUACAGCGAGUACUAUGGUAAGCAGGAGGAGCCAAUACAAUUAAAAUCAUAACGCAAAAAUAUAUGUAUGUAAAUAACUAAAUAAACUGGUUAAAAA